UUCACUGAAACACACACACACACACACAGUGUUUUUCCAUGGAAAGUGUGGUGCAGAGGUUGGCCAUGACAGCUGUUACACCAACCUUAACAACAACAACAACAACAACAACAACUUGCUCUUCUGCUUUCUACACACACAAACAUUCUUCUUCUUAUUCUUUCCCGUAUUAUUUUAAUCCAAAUUCACAUUCCCUUUUCUCCACAACACCUCUUACACUACCUUCUCUUUCUCAUUCUAAAGUUUUGUUUGCAACACCAGAUGCUGGAGUGAGCAAUGAAACAAAUGUGUGGGCAAUGCAAGAUUUCUAUAGUUUAAGGAAGGAUGUUGAGGCUACCUCACAGCGUGUAGAAGAAAUUAGGGCUUCGGCGGGUUUGGAGCAGUUAGGAGAAGAACUUGCUAAGCUGGAGACAUUAGCAUCAAGUGAUUCUUUUUGGGAUGAUCGAGCAUCAGCUCAACAAACACUUGUGGCAUUAACAGACGUCAAAGACAAAAUAAAUCUUCUCAAGGAGUUUCAAUCCCAGCUUGAUGAUGCGGAGACUAUAGUUAACCUUACGGAAGAGAUGGAUUCUACUGAUACUGCACUGCUUGAGGAGGCUGCAGCCAUUGUCAAAGAACUGAAUAAAGCAUUAGAUAAAUUUGAGUUAAGUCAGCUUCUUUCUGGCCCCUACGACAAGGAAGGUGCUGUUAUCAAUAUAACAGCCGGUGCAGGAGGUACUGAUGCACAGGACUGGGCUGAAAUGCUUUUAAGGAUGUACGUAAGAUGGGGAGAAAGGCAACGAUACAAAACAAGAGUGGUUGAAAAGUCAAUGGGAGAAGAAGCCGGGAUCAAGUCAGCUACCAUUGAGCUCGAAGGUCGAUAUGCAUUUGGAUACUUGUCUGGUGAAAAAGGAACACACCGAAUUGUUAGACAAUCUCCUUUUAAUGCAAAAGGUCUUCGUCAGACUAGCUUUUCUGGUGUUGAAGUAAUGCCUCUUCUUCCUGAUGAUUCAUUAAAUGUGGAAAUACCCGAGGAAGACCUGCAAAUUGGUUUCUCUAGAGCAGGUGGAAGCGGAGGUCAGAAUGUUAACAAGGUUGAAACAGCUGUUCGAAUAACGCAUAUUCCUACUGGGGUAACAGUCCGUUGCACGGAAGAGAGGUCCCAGCUUGCAAACAAAAUAAAAGCUUUAAGCCGUUUGAAAGCCAAAUUGUUGGUGAUAGCGGUAGAGCAACGGGCUUCAGAAAUAAAACAGAUACGUGGAGAUGCAGUUAAGGCAGAUUGGGGACAGCAAAUCCGAAACUAUGUAUUCCAUCCUUACAAGCUCGUGAAAGAUGUAAGAACAGGGUAUGAGACAACGGAUAUUGUAUCAGUAAUGGAUGGCGAACUAGAUCCAUUUAUUAAAUCGUACCUUCGAUACAAAUACAGUGAAUCAAUGGCCAAUUAAUGGUGUAUGUAAACUUACAUAGUGCGCAAAUUUUGAGAGAGUGUAGGACAGGCCCAUACAUAUCUGUGAUUCCUUAUAUUUUUAACUUUGUAGCCGUAUAUAUAUUUCAAGAUAUCUAUAAACUUAUUUGAUGGCAAA